UUAUUUCUGUCAAGUUUCCUGUCGUGGUCACGUGUUCCACGCAGCUGACUGUGACGUCACAUAACAAGAUGGCGAACUGGAACAGAGACCAUGACUCAGUGGACGACAUGCUGGAUGCUGAAAACAAGCGUCUGGCGGAGAACCUGGCCACCAAAGUCUCCAGACUGAAAUCUCUGGCAUAUGACAUCGACAGAGAGGUUGAUGAUCAGAACGACUACCUGGACGGCAUGGACUCAAAUAUGAUGAGUGCAACAGGGCUGCUGACAGGAAGCGUGAAGCGUUUUUCCACGAUGGUUCGAUCCAGCAGAGACAACCGCCGCCUCCUCUGCUACGUCUCCUUGGGGCUGGUCCUCGUCUUCUUCAUGCUUUACUUCUUGGUUUCCAGGAUCCAGCGGUGAUUUCAGAAAACCGCCUCAGCCAGAGACCUAUGGAUGAUGUGGAGCUGAAGCUAAAGAGGAUCGAUCCAGGAUUACAUGUAAAGACGAGGAGUUUUCUUCACUAAAUAAAAACCCCUAAAGGAUGGAGACACAGACUGAUAACCAGAGAGGCGUGGUGAACUCUGUUAGGUGUUGUGGAAACAAAAACUCCCUAAAUGUCUUUAAUAAAACCCUUUUUGUUCCAA